AUGACUUCUGCCAUCGCCACCGCUGCCCAAGCCGCACACAGUGUCGCCGCCUCGCUCCUCGCGCACGCCCAGAUCCAACCUGGGGCCACGAUCCCUGCUGCUGAGGUCAAGGAGGACGCACCUGAUGCGGCGAAAGUUCUUACUUUGACUGGGAAGAAUGUCUUGAUCGGCGUCCCAGGAGCUUUCACUACCCCGUGUAACACACAUCUCCCAGCCUAUAUCGAGAACUACGAGGCGUUCAAGGCAAAGGGUGUUAACGAGAUCUAUCUGUUUGGCGUUAACGAUGUGGCAUGGAAGGAAAAACUUGCACCAAGCGGAACGCCUAUUCACUUCAUCGCUGACGACAAGGGUGCUUUCGUUGGUUCUCUCGGCCUGAUCUUCGACGCGUCCGGCUUGCUUGGCGGACCUCGUUCCAAGAGAUUCGCCAUUGUCACAGAUGGCGACAAGGUCGUCUCUGUUGCCGUCGAAGAAGCACCUCCCAACGUCACCGUCACAGGCGCUGAAGCCGUCCUCGGCACACUUUAG